AUGGAUUUGGCAGCCACGCGUCGCACUACAGAAACAGGACGCAAACGCCAUGGUCCACACUUCACUGUUAUCAUCAUUGGUGAAGUAUUCAACAAUUCAACCCAUCCACUCUAUCCUGUCUCACCUUCCCAAAAACUCCCAUUUGCCUUAUUACCUAUAUGCAAUACUCCUAUUAUUGAUUAUAUCCUUGAAAAUCUCGUAGAGAAUGGCGUGGAUGAAGUCUGUAUUCUACUUAAUAGCGAAUCGGUAGAACCGGUGCGGGAUCAUUUGCAGAAUAAUCGUACGGCACGUGGUAAGCCGUGGUUGGAGAGUAAAGAUAUGAAAGUAAAGGUUGUGGAAAGUAAGCGAAAUAUGACACGACCAUUUGACGCUACAUCAGAGAUUGUAGAUCAUAAUCUUGUCGCACAGAACUCAUCCUUUCUUUUUGUUCCUAUUGACUCCAUGGCGUUUUUUACAAAUCUUCGUGAUCUCUUUCACAUACAUAAUCAACGUACAAAUGAUCUUAAGAAAUAUGCUGCUACACUACUUUGUACUUCUGUAAGAUCUUUGCUUGAGGAUACAUUACAUGAUCUUUUAUUAGAGAAAAUGAAUGAACGAGAUAAUAAUACUCUUGGAUCACCUUUACUUGAUCGAGACUCACCUGCUACUGCUGGUGUAACUCUUUCCGCAGCAGAAUAUCGUCCACUUGGUGUUUAUGAAAAUCCACCCAAUCAUUUAACUAUGUUUACAUUACAGAAAUCUACAGGAGUGGUGAGAAGUAUGACCCGAGUGGAAUCCCGUGAAGAGUCUCCAGAAGCAAUUUCUAUGGAAUUCAGUAGUCGUGAACCAAUGUCUGUACGAACAGAUCUUGUACCUACAAAUUAUCUCUUUUGCUCUGCUGAAGCAUUACCACUUUUCACAUUUCACAUGAAUGAUCUCCAUGCAUUCUUAGUAGAUCUUCUAGUAAAAGAAGAAUUAUGGGGUAAUGUUUUUGGUAUUGAGGAAGUAACCCCAUCUAUGGGUAUUAUACAACCUAUAAACAGUCUAACAUCAUAUAUUCAAACAAAUAUUGAUGUUUGUUGUCGUCGUUUUUUCCCUCUAACACGUGAAUCCAGUUUUGCAGAAGAUCUCGCCCGAUACGCUGUAUCACCGCAUUGUCAAAGUGUAUAUUUACAUCAAGUGGGGGCAAAGGUACUCUCAAGCAACUGUGAACCUUGUGUAGUUGUUGGCGAACAAGUAGUUAUUCCACCUACAGCAAUAGUUCGAGGAACUAUUUUUGGAAAAGGUGUACGUAUUGGUGAUGGUGCUGUUAUUUCAGGUUGUGUUAUUCUGGAUGGGACAACUAUUGGGUCUGGUUGUGUUCUUCGUCACUCCUUUAUAGGUCAUAAUGUUGUUAUCAGUGAAAAGGCUGAGGUAUCACAUUCUAUUAUUGGUGAUGGUUGUAUUAUUGGUGUAAUACCAAUAAAGACUAGUAGUAGUCGUGCAGGUACUGGUACUGGUACUGGUAGUGCUGGUGGUGCUAGUGGAACUAGUAAUAGUCAUAGUCAUAGUAGUAAUAGUCAUAGGAGAAAUAUCACCAUCAACAGCACCAUUACUACUACUACUACUGCUACACCGAAGGGGAAAACUAAGAAGAAAGCGAAUGAAGAAAAUGUACAGAAAAAUGUACAGGGUGUGGUUAUAGAGGAUCAAGUCAUUAUAGCAUGUAGUAUUGCAGAGACUGAUAAAAACUUGACAGGUCAAGGGGGUUGUGGUAAAGCAGUAAAAGAUCGUUAUGUGAGCACAACUCUACCAACACGUGAGGUAUUUAUACGAGAUACUAUACCACGUGCAACUAGUGAAGCUGCAGAUGAUGAUGAUAGCGAUGAUGAUAAUGAUUCUGCACAGAUGGAAUUAUUUAGAGAUACCAUCCAUUCACUUGUGGAACAGGCACUGAGACAGCCAUCCCGUAUUAAAGACUGUACAUUCCAAAUGAAAAAUACUCGUCUCACCUUUGGUCGUAAUAAUGGAGAUUUAUGCCAGAUUGUAACUGAGAAGUUACUCCUGCAUGCCAUGGAGCGUCAUGGUAAAAGUGGCGAUGUAAAUUUUCUGUUAAAAGCGGUGCGAGAUCUCUUUGCGCAGUGGUGUCGGCCCUUCUACAGUGAUGUGGUGACGGGCAGUGAUGAGAUGCAGGCGACGCUGCAGGCGGUGUGCAUGGCGGUGGGCGACGUGCGCUGCCCCCUCCACAAGUCCGGCCCGCUGCUGCUGGAGUGUCUCUACAACGACUGCGACGACGACUUGUACGAUGAGCGCGGCUUCUGCAUUGUGAGCGGCGAGUCGCUGGUGGAGUUCGGCGCGUACAUCCGGCGGGUCCACCAGCGGCGGGCGGCGGCGUUCGACGCGGAGGACUCCGACGGCAACGAGAGCGACGAGGAGGAGGAGCGGAUGCUGCGCGUGGGGCUCAGCUGCGAGCAGUUCAUCGCCGGCGUGCGGGAGUUCCUCGAGGAGGAGGAGGACGACGAGGAGGAAUAA